AUGGUUUCCACAACCAGCAAAUCGGAUUCGAAGCAAGACGUGAAACAAACCCUAAAUUCCAAAACCCCUAAAAAUGUCUACCAAAUCGGAGGCCUUCAAGUGGAGUUCCCUUAUCAACCGUACGGAACGCAGCUCGCGUUCAUGAGCCGGGUCAUAUCUACGCUUGACCGUGCCCAGAGAGACGGUCACUGCCACGCGCUGCUUGAGUCGCCCACCGGUACGGGCAAAUCUCUCUCCUUGCUCUGCUCGGUUCUCGCUUGGCAACAGAACUAUAAAUCGCGGCUUCUGAAAGGGAAUUUGUCGCAUUCGAAACCUGCGCCGGAGGCAGCCACCGAUCCAUUGAAUCAUGGAGGCGGAUUCAUACCUGAAACGCAGCCCUCAGAUACUCCUUUACCUAGCAAUGUGGAGCCAGCCGAAACUGCAAUUAAGAAGAGAACCAAAAUUCCUACCAUAUACUAUGCUUCACGAACUCAUUCUCAGAUUACUCAAGUCAUUCGUGAGUACCGGAAAACUGGUUACAGGGUGCCCAUGGCUGUAUUGGCUUCACGAAAGCAUUACUGCACUAACCGUCAUGUACAUGGGAAAGAGAAUGUUGAUGAAGAAUGUCGAUUGCUCCUAAAAGAUAAGGCUAACAUACAAUGUCCCGAGUUCAAGAACGUUAGUAAAAUCACAGCUCACCCAUCACUUCAACAAAGAGGUCACAAUGAGGUUCACGAUAUUGAAGAUCUUGUGAAAGUUGGAAGAAAUGUUAGAGGUUGUCCAUAUUAUGCUGCCUGGUCAAUGGCGGAGAACGCACAGCUGGUUUUUUGCCCUUAUUCAUAUAUAGUUAAUCCUGUUAUCCGAGCAGGAGUUGAAGUUGAUCUGAAAGGAGCGAUUAUAAUAUUUGAUGAAGCACACAAUAUGGAAGACAUUGCUCGAGAAGCAGGAAGCAUUAACUUGGAAGAAGAAACUCUUUUCAAAUUGCAGAAUGAACUAGAACAGAUGAGCGUGGCGCAGCCAAUGAUAUAUGAACCUCUGUGUGAAGUAGUAGAGGGAUUGAUAAGCUGGAUUGGAAGAAAAAAGGAUUCGCUAGAAAAACGUGAUUUUCAGCACUAUUUCUCUAGCUGGACUGGAGACAAAGCUUUAAGAGAGCUUGAGGAAUCUAAUAUUACUCGAGAAUGCUUCCCAAUAUUAUUGGAAUGCUUUACAAAGGCGAUCAGAACAUCAAAGGAGGCGGAAAUGGAACCAGAUAUGCCUCAUUUAAGUGGGAUAUCUGUCUUGACACUAGAAGAAUUGUUCGCUUCACUUACAUACUUCUUUUCAAGAAAUGGAAGUCACAUCUUAGAUUACCAACUGGGUUUACAACGCUCUGCUAAAAGAGGAGACUCUUCUGGAACCUGGACGCAUACUUUCAGCUUGUGGUGCCUGAAUCCGUCUGUUGUUUUCAAAGACUUAGCUGAUGUUUCUUUAUCCGUCAUUCUAACAUCUGGGACUUUAUCACCGAUGAAUUCUUUCUCGUCAGAACUUGGGAUGCAGUUUGGUACUUGUUUACAGGCUCCACAUGUGAUUGAUGUUAAUAUGCAGGUGUGGGCUGGGGCAAUCUCCAAUGGUCCUGGUAAUUAUCCUUUAAAUGGAAGUUAUAAAACAGCUGAUUCAUACUCAUUCCAGGAUGCUCUAGGGAAAUCUUUGGAAGAAAUUUGCACUAUUGUACCAGGUGGCUCGCUUGUAUUCUUUCCAAGCUAUAAGUUGAUGGAAAAACUUUGCACGCGUUGGCGUGAAACUGGGCAAUGGUCACGGCUCUGCCUGAAAAAGGAUGUUUUUGUUGAGCCAAGAGGAGGAGCCCAGGAUGAAUUCGAUUCUGUUCUGAAGGGUUAUUAUGAUUCUAUACGCGGAAAGCACAGAAUGAUUGGAAGAAAUAGACGAGCUAAGAAAGCAGGGCUUGUUAAAACUGAGAGUCAAGAUGAUUUCAAGAAAGGAGCUGCAUUUUUUGCAGUAUGUAGAGGAAAGGUUUCAGAAGGAAUUGACUUUGCCGACGACAACGCCAGGGCAGUGAUAAUUGUUGGCAUUCCAUUUCCAAACUUGCAUGAUAUUCAAGUCGGACUGAAGAAAAAAUAUAAUGAUACAUACAAAUCAUCUAAAAACCUUCUUGGAGGGAGUGACUGGUAUUGCCAACAAGCCUAUCGUGCUUUAAAUCAAGCAGCAGGGCGAUGUAUCCGGCAUAGGUUUGAUUAUGGUGCCAUCAUAUUUUUGGAUGAGCGAUACAAAGAACAAAGGAACAGAACGUCUAUUUCAAAGUGGCUAAGGCAGUCUAUUAAACUGUAUGAUAACUUUGAAGAAUCUAUGGAAGGGUUAAGAUCUUUUUUCAACAGUGCCAAGGAACGUGUUGACAGUAAGAUGUUAGGGUCCCAGGAUUAUAUGGUUGAGCAUAACUUUUCCUUGGAAAACCAAAGCAAGGAAUGCAAAAAGAAGGAAAGACAGAUUCAGAGGAAAUCGAGUCAUGUAGAACCAAAAGAUAUCACAGGUAGGAAGGUGGUGGACGUGGAGGACUAUACAAGUUUGAAUCCAAAAUAUUCUUCAAUGAACGAAAGCAAGGGAUUUUUGGAUCACAAAGACUGGAAACCAAAAAUAACUGAAGGUUCGAGAUCAAUGUGGCAUUCUGGUGUGAACUAUGGAGCCUCCAUUCCACAAUUAUCAUCUGGUGUACUACCUGCUCAGACAUUCAUUCAAGUUAAAGAGGAAGCUGAAUGCCACAAAGAAAUCAUUGACCUUGAGUGCGGUGUCCAACCUGAGCCUGGGUAUUGUGAAGUGUCGUCGGUGACCAACUGUGAUGAAGAUCCCGAAACAUCUUUUGUUAAGGGAACCUCUGGUAUGAUCAAUAGUAUUACUGAAGCCAGUCCAUGUUCUUGCUCGAAGAAUGAAAGCACUAGCCCAGCAACAGGUCUGAGAUCUCCGAGGUCUCCUGAUCAAUUCUUGAAGGAGCAUACAUCUACUGGAAGUUUCAGAAGAUCUCCUCUUGAAGCAGAGUCACCGUUGAAUAUGAGUGUUAAUUCCCAUGCUUUGAAGAGAAGAAAGUUUACUAGCUCUCCAGUCAUUGACCUUGAAGAAGAAAACAGUAAUGCUCCUAGUACUAAACCCACUGAUCACACGAAUUUCACAAGAAGAUUUGAAUUUGCGAAUGGGAGUACUGAACCAAGAUCCCAAAACGACAAUAUAGAUGCUUUUCCGGAAGUGAAUCAGAGAGAAUUGAGGAUAUCUUGUUCACUCUGCAGAAAUUCUUUAGGUCAACCUGAGAACCACUCAUAUCUCAAAUGCAUGUUGACUUCGUCGUCCAAGACAUAUUUGCUGUCUCUUCUGAAAGAUAUAUUAGGAACUGGUUCUGCAGAAAUGCCAACAAGUGUCUCAGUUGUCAUGACAGAUUGCUCAAUGGUUAAUCAGAGACUCUGCAGAAGUUUUGAAAGCUCAAGAGGUCAGGGUAUUUGGUGUGAGCAAGAUGGAUGUGUUUUCCAUAAAAUCUUAUGCCCUUUUUGCAGUAUCUCAAAUACGUGUCUCGGCGUGCAAGUCAUGGCUACUGAUCCAUCAAAUGUCCAGUUUCUAAGCAAAAUUUUGUUCUUUGCUGAUCAAGUAGAUGUCACCGAAGAUGCUGCAAGCAAGGAAACAGCGUUACAGCAUAAGGAAUCUCUUGAUGUCACUAAUACAGCUGUGGACAAGAGUGAUGUGUUAAAGUCAAUAGAGAGAUUUGCGUACUCCCCAAAGCAACAGCAAGACUCAGGAGGCUGGAGGACUACAAAAUCGAAGUUGAGACUACCAAAACGGAGUUUGCCAACAAGCAAGAAGUCCUAGAAAAAGGGUGUUUUCAUGCAUCAACAAGCUGAACCGGGAUCAAGUUGUCGUAAACCAAUGUGAACCAAGGAACUUUGCUCCUGUGGCUGAAGAAAUUUUGGCUUUUGGAUCUGAAAAGAUGGCCAGCUUUGUCCGGAACUUGAACUUGUGUUCAUGUCAUGGCGAUCCCCUAGCUCAUGGUGAAUUGGUCAUGAUACAUAUGUAUAUGUAAGACCAAAAAUUUCCGUCAAUCGAAUUUUUCUACCGAGUAACUAGUGAGUUAUUGGUAGCAAAAAUAAAAGAGAGAAAAAAUUUCGAAAAUGUUUUCACUAGCUAGUAGCUA